ACAGUGUAUUGAUAUUUUACAUCAAAAAUCACAGAGAAAAAUGAUGAUUACUAUACAUAUCGAUAACGUAGGUGGGAUGUCGACGAUCAUGCCAUGGAUGGAGUACCAGAUUAUUUGAAAUCAUUGGUUAAAUUUAUAUUUGGUACAUUUCAAGAAUUCGAAAGAGAAGUUGGGUCAGAAUUAGGAGGGCGUUACAGUGUGGAAGCUACAAUUGAAUACUUCAAGGAAUAUAUAAGAAGCAACCUUCAACUCGCCAAAUGGGCAUGUGCGGAUCACUUGCCUAGCUUUGAGGAGUACCUAUAUGUUGGUGGACUCGAGGUUGCUGUAGAUCUUACUGUGGCAUGUAUUUUGAUGGCCAUGGAGAAUAUCUGCAAGGAAGAAGCUUUUGAGUGGUUGAAAUCUAGAGACAAACUCCUUAGAGCAACGUCCACAAAAGCACGAGUACCUAAUGAUAUGUUUGGCUAUAAGGAUGACAUGAGCAGAGGAUAUCUGACGGGCUCGGUCAACUGUUAUAAGAAGCAAUAUGGAGUUACUGAAGAAGAAGCAUUCAUAAAGCUUCGUCAGUUGAUUGCAGAACUUGAUAAGAUGAUGAAUGAGGAUAUUUUGAAGCCAAUCAAUGUGCCCCGCGAGGUUUUAAAGGUAGUCAUCGACACUUUACGUGCACUAAAUGUUGGCUACGAUAAAGACGAUGGAUUUACCCAUCACGAAACACAUCUCAAAAACCAUAUAACGUCUAUCUACGUUGAUAUUUGAGGACGUUGGUGUAUUCAACAUACUAUGUUACAUAUGAAGGGUGUCACCCUCAUGUUCUUUAUCAGUACAAACUCAGAGGCUCGAAGGCCAAUGCCCAAGAGAAGAACAAGUUCGGGGUCCAAAAAGUGAGGAACUUGGAGGGCAAGUAGUAUAUUUUAGGAGUAAUGAUGUGGCAUCAAGAAAAGGGACCUGCUCACAUGUGAUGGUGGAUCAGGUGCUUUAGUGGCAAAGAGGGAAUAUCUCCCUAUAUAGUCACGUAAGAUUGUCUAGUAUAGUAUUAAGUUGUUUAAUCGUUAAUUUCAUGUAAAGAGAGAGCCUCAUGUGUCCACUCUAGUCUUAUCACGUAAAUUUGAGAGUUUUUAGUCAAAUAAAAAGAAAUAUAAAAAAAUAAAAAAUCUUAUGUAAAAUUUUAAAA